AUGUCGCUUUCGUGCUGCUGCCCAUCUCCAUCGUCGAUCGACGGCAACGACACCCGCAAUGCACGCGAGUAUGCAUUUUUCUCUGACCUCAAAUCCUCGGACGACAGCCCCACCCUGCAGUUGGUGCAGACUCUCCCCCGGCCUUCGCACAGGAGCUCUCUACUGAACAUCAUUGUAGGCGGCAUUCGAAGCGUCACUUUCCGUUUCCAAGGAUCUGUCAGCAUGGCUCGCCAUGUCACCAAGAUUUUAUCCACCCCUCCGCCGCUUGGGGUACGCAUCACUUCCCAGAAGAUCGAGUGCAUCCCGGAUCUCUUCGAGGGCUCUUCCCACACGGAUCCACGGCUGGCCCAGUUGAUCGCAAACCAUUCACCAUGUCCCAUCAGAGCGUACUGGCUCGAUCCACGGCCGCUGGUAUCCUUCGGUCAUUCCCGGACCAGCGAUGCAUCUGUGGGUCGAGUCACUCUGUAUUUUCACGGAGGCGCAUACUUUCUGCUUUCCCCUCGAUCCCAUCAGUUCCUGACCGGAAAACUCGCGAAACUCACCCGGUCGAGGGUUAUUGCGAUCGACUACAGCCUGGCUCCGGAACGCCCGUUCCCAUGUGCCCUCCGUGACGCCAUCUCGGCAUAUCGAUUUCUGAUCGACCCACCGCCUGGAGCGACCCACCCCCGAUACGAUCCAAAGAACAUUGUCUUUGCUGGCGACUCGGCGGGCGGCGGGCUGGCCAUCGCAGCGGCCCUGUGGCUCCGAGACGACGAACGAUGGCCGCUUCCCGGCGGACUCGUGCUCGACUUGACUCACUCGAUGCCCAGCUUCGACAACAACGCUCGCUUCGACAUGUUGCCCGACUUUGGCGCCUCGCUCGAAUCCCAAGGGCAAAGACACUUUUAUACCACCAACGACCUCCUGGACCAUCCAUAUGUCUCGCCUCUGUUUGCAACAAAGAUCCCGGCCAAGCCUCUCCCGCCAACCCUGAUCACCGUUGGCAGUGCCGAGCGGCUUCGCGACGAAGGCAUCAAGUUCUGGUCAAAGUUCAAGGGCCGCUGCUUGUCGGAUGACCGUCUGCAUGCACCGCACCAGGUGGUGAUCGAUCCGGAGAAGAACAUGUCAGAUGUAGGGUCUGAGAGCGACGCCGAGGACGUCCGCAUCGAAGUGUACCAAGACAUGCCUCAUGUGUUCCAGAUGUUUCCGUUCGAGCGACUGGCACGGAUGUCGGUCUGCCGGAUCUCAGAGUUUAUUACGGCUGUCCAAGGGACGGAUACUGGCUCAUCAAAGGUCGACCCAUCGAGUCCUGGCGCACCGGGCUCCAAAGCAUCCAGUCCCGAUGGGUCGAAUGCAAGAGUCGGCGGUUCUCGUCGGAAUCGGAUCACGUUCAUUCGGCACAAUGGCGAUGUCGUCGUUUGAGGUGCUGCAAUGAUCUUGUAGGGGCAUUCUUCCCAACACCAGGCUGCUCUUGCACCCAAUAUUCGCUCGAUACAAGCGUACCUUGGAGACCACAGAGACUGGCUUCAUUGCAAGCCUUAGUCGCCCGAGCGAUAGGUA